AUGUUUAUCGAUGAUAUUCUUAUCUACUCAAAGUCGAGAGCCAGACACGCGCAGCAUCUUCGAUUAGUUCUCGAACUUCUUCAAGGAAACCGCCUCUAUACCAAGUUCUCCAAGUGUGAAUUUUGGCUCGAAGAGGUUCAAUUACUCGGUCAUAUUGUUAACAGUCAAGGAAUUCAUGUCGAUCCCAAAAAGAUAGAAGCUGUUAAGGGUUGGAUUAUGCCAAAGAACCCAUCUGAAGUCCGUUCAUUCCUUGGAUUGGCGGGCUACUACCGUCGAUUUAUCACUAAUUUUUCUAAAACCGUCGUACCUCUCACCGCCCUGAUUCAGGAGGACAAACCUUUUGUUUGGGGUCCCAAACAGGAGGGCCUUUCAGACCCUCAGGCGAUGCGUUGCAACGCUCUUGUCCUUACCCUUCCCGACGGAAACGACGAUUUCGUUUAUUUAUUGUGA